AUGGAAAACCUUGGUAUCUCCAUUUCCAUGGCUGUAUUAUUAUUGAUCUUCCAUAUGACAACAUUAACAUCAUCAGUUGCAAGUCGACGAGAAUUUAUUCCGGAAUCGAAGCUAGGUCAAUGCAAUUUUUAUGAUGGCGAGUGGGUCUACGACAAAUCCCUCCCUCUUUACGAUUCAUCAAAAUGCUCGUUGUUGAUCCCCAAAGAGUUCGACUGCCUCAAGAACGGUAGACCUGAUCGCGAGUUUCUUAAGUAUAGAUGGCAACCCAAGGAUUGCUACUUACCUCAAUUCGACGGAGUUGAUUUCUUGGGAAGAAUAAAAGGCAAAAAGAUGUUGUUUGUUGGGGAUUCUUUGAGUGAAAAUCAAUGGGGAUCACUUACUUGCUUACUCAAGUCGGCUAUCGGCGAGAGGUCGCAGAUUAUUCAGUCGAGGAUCGACAAUACCUCAACCGUCACUUUUCAAGAAUACAAUUCGUCCGUGAACUACUUUUCCUCGCAAUAUCUCGUGGACAUUGAAAACACAACAUCCGGUCGUACGUUAAACCUCGAUUCUAUCAAAGAUGGAGAGAUAUGGAGGCAAUACGAUGUCUUGAUUUUCAACACUUGGCAUUGGUGGUAUCGUAGCAAAGGGCCGAAAGAAUUGUGGGACGUCAUUAAAGAUGAUGGCAAGAUUGUGCAAGACAUGAAUCGUAUGGAUGCAUUUCGCAAAGCGCUUACAACAUGGGCAAAUUGGGUUAGUUCGAUCUCGGUGAAGCCUACUACUAAAGUGCUCUUCCAAGGGAUCUCUCCAUCUCAUUACAAUGGGAAAGAUUGGAACACUCCGGGGGUUACUUGCGAGAAGGAAAUGACGCCCCUGAAAGGUUCAAUAUACCCGAGCGGCGAGCCUUUAGAGUCCAAAGUGUUGAAAGAAGUCCUCAACACGAAAAUCUCAUCUAAAAAACCCGUGCAUCUACUCGAUAUAACAUUACUCUCACAAUUGAGGAAAGACGGGCACCCGACCAAAUACAAUAAAUAUGGCAGCGAUUGUACACAUUGGUGCAUCCCCGGCGUGGUCGAUACUUGGAACCAUCUUCUCUAUACACACAUUGUUCAAGAAGGUGAUCGUCAAGGGACCAAAUGA